AUGUCCACCAACCCGCAGCCAAAACCAGUGCCAAAGAUUAAUCUUCCCGAGGGUACUCAAACUUGCGAGCUCUUCGCUAUUGACAGUACUUGUAAUCUCAUCUCAACUCCUGCAACUCUUAUAGAGCCCCAGAUUGAUGGUCAUGAAUGGCUUAAUCUCCCAACACUUACUUUCUACAUCAAACAUCCAUCUGGAGCUCAAAUUGCUUUCGAUCUGGGCUGCAGAACGGAUUGGGAAAACCAUGUCCCUCAUGUAGUUGAAGUUUUGAGUGGUCGUGUCCCAGGUCUUCGAGUUGAAAAAGAAGUUCCGGAUAUUCUCAAGGAAGGUGGAGUGGAUCCCAAUGAGCUCAAGGCUUUGAUCCUUAGCCACUGGCACUUUGAUCACUGUGGCAACAUUUCCCGUCUCAAUCCGGCAACUGACCUGGUCGUUGGACCGGGCUUCAAGGACCGCUUCCUCCCAGGAUAUCCAGCCAAGGAAGAUUCAGCGCUGGCUGAAGAACAUUUCAAAGGUCGCAACGUCGUUGAAGCACCAUUCAGCGAUGCGUACAAGAUCGGCGGCUACCAGGCCUAUGAUUAUUUUGGAGACGGGAGCCUGGUGAUUUUGAACGUUCCUGGCCACACAACGGGCCAUAUUUCGGCUCUGGUGAGGACCACUCCAGAUUCGUAUGUAUUCCUGGGAGGGGACGUCUGUCACUUUGCAGGAGUGAUUCGACCUUCAGGCCACAUCCCUUUACCAGACCCAAUCCCAUCCAUCACUGCACUGAACAAAAGAUUUCCAACCCCUUGUCCGUGCUCGAUCUUUACAGAAUGCCAUCCAGAUCAAGAGAAUAGCAGGACGAGUGCUUUCUACCGAUGCUCGGCCGAUCCAGCUCAGUCUUGGUACGAAGAUCCCAAUACAGCCAUGGAGUCCAUUCGGUCGCUCUUCGAAUUUGACGCUCAGCCCAAUGUGCUGGUGCUGCUUGCUCAUGACACUGCGCCUUUUACCACGCUCAAAUUCUUCCCCGAGGGAACAAUCAACGACUGGCAGAGUAAAGGGUACAAGGAGUCAAUGCAUUGGUACUUUUUGAACGAAUUGCCCUACCAAGGCAAAGGAGCUGGCCCGCAUGUGGAUGGCGUGUAUAAGGGUGACAAGCGAGUCAAAGAUCUCUAUGGGAAUGCAGUGUAA